CGUUGUGCAUGGUAGGAUAUAAUUAGGUGAAGGACAGGCCUUCGUUGAGUAAAGCGUGAGGAAAUAGCUACAGUUCUUUUUGGAAUCAACAAAUAGUUCUAAUGAGAUGUGUUCAUUAUAACUUCCCGUCAACUUAUUUUCAUGAUAAAAAGCACGUUUUUAUAAGAUUGUCUCAUCAUUCAAACCAGCUGGGAUCGACCAUCGAGAACUGACCAUGAAAAAUAAACUUUCUGGAAAGAGUGAGGGGCCAUCUGUGGACAAACAGUCCAUGGACUAUGUAGUGGGAUCAGUAUCGGGCAGCUUGUUUCCAAAGGAGUCUGCAUCCAGCUCGGGAUCUUUAUCUGCCUUGUUCCAAGCUGCGCCAGUAGUUGACACACUGUUCUUUGUUCCUGCUCCUAAGCCUGAACCCAGGAGCGUGGAGGUGAAGGAAGGCGCAGUCACAAAAGUCCCGAACAACCAGAAACAAACGAAGAAAGCUGCAAAGGACAAAUCGGCUGCAGACCUAAAUCUAGAAAACAGAGAAAGUGCGUUACAAAAUGCUGACGAAGAUGAACAGGUCCCAAAGAUGCCCAAGAAGACUAAAAGGAAAGCUGUUGAGAUGGAAGAAGGGGGUGCGACAGAGGAGGAGGAAAGGCAGACAAAAAAACAGAGGACUGGAGCCCAAAUUGCGGCGGAGAGGGUAAAGCAGAAACGAACCGUGUUUGUCGGCAACCUUCCUGCCAGCUGCACAAAGAAGACACUACAGCUUGUCUUCAAGGAUCAGGGAGCCAUUGAAAGCAUUCGAUUUCGAUCCGUGGUAAGAGAGGAUCCAUCUAUGUCACGCAAAGUAGCAGCUAUUCAACGUAAGGUUCACCCAAAGAAGCAGAGCAUCAAUGCCUACGUGGUGUUCGAAGCUGAGGAAGGAGCCGAGAAGGCAUUGGAAAGGAACGGCAUGGAGAUUGAGAAAAACUUUCACAUCCGGGUGGACAGGGUCUCCAAAAGUUCAUCGCACGAUCACAAGAGGUCAAUAUUCAUUGGCAAUCUACCAUUCGAUAUAAACGAAUUGCCAGUGCGACAGCACUUUGAGGAGUGUGGCAAGGUGGAGGGGGUGCGGUUGGUGCGGGACAAGAACUCUGGAAUGGGCAAGGGCUUCGGCUACAUCUUAUUCCAGAGCAUCGAUGCUGUCCAGCUGGCCUUGAAACUAGACAGCUCCAAACUCCUCGGGAGGUCGGUCCGGGUGAAGAGGUCAGUGAAGAAGGAGAAAGAGAAGAAGGUGGUGCACAGAGGGCCUAGAGGGAAAGAAAGAGAAACUAAGGGUGCAGGGAAGGAGCCUACCAAAGGAGGAUUUAAGGGGAGACCGGGCCAGGGCGUUCCCCACAACAAAUCUUCCGGGAGGCCGCAGGGGAAGGGGCCUCAAAUGAAAUCGAUGGGGAAGCCAUUCAAGAAAAGUCCAGGCGAGGCACAGAAAGCCACCACAGGCCCCUCUUCCUUCAAAGGUGAGAUGGCCGACCCAAACAGCAAAAAAGCCAAGGCGAAAGCACUGAAGAAGAAACUCAAACCGAGGAAAAGGAAUCAGGUUGUACACAUUUGAUGGUCUGUGCCUUCUGAUGCAUCGUUAAAGCAGAAAAUUUGUUGUAAAAUGAUCAUGGUGUGUAAACGUUCCUGACGUAACAUCCAGGCCCUCCCACAUUUCCAGUUGAAACAUGGUUGUUUUUUAGGUUGGGGCUGGUAAGGUAAUGGUAAGGUUAAACAUUCAUGAACUAAAUAACAUUUUAGAAGAAGCAAAGGUGUUGUCAUUUACCUUUUUAUUUAGAUUUCUUACAAAGAGGAACAACCUUAAUGACCUAAGAGAACAUUCAAUCACUUUAAAGUAUCCAUGUCAGACUGAAAACAAAACAAUAACUUAUACAAUGAAACAACAGCGUUGAGACAUCACAUGUAGGAUCAAGGAAAUUGAAAGAAGUUUGUAGAAAGAGGUUUUAGUACAGGGGCUAUAUGUAUCAAGCCUCAGUAGGAAUUAUUUUUAAAGAUCAGUUUCCUUUCAGAUCACAAUGAAUAAGACUGCAUGGGCAGGGGGGAGGACCUGAUCCUAUUCAAGAAGCUUAAUACAUAUGGUCCCAGAGCUGUGUAAACAUGGGGGUGGUUGCAAGGAUGGUAUUGUAAAUGCUGAGAAAUGUUUUACUAUACCUUUCAGAGACGACACUGUAAGAGAAGCGAAACACUAACUGCAUAUGAAUCCAAUAAAAUGGGUCCAAUAGGCAUUUGAUUGGUUACCAUUGCUGCAAAUCAAGAGAUGGCAAUCUGAUGCGACCAAUAGUAACACACAACGUGUGGUAAUUGGACGGGUUCAUGUUUUACAUUUGGACAGAAGCAAAAAGAAUACCUUCAAGUGAGUUAAAAAAAAAA